CUCCCACCAAAUCGCUUUGUUAGGGCGCUAGCUGUUCAGUCGGCCAAUCAGAACGGACCGCGCUCAACGUUCGCGCGCGCGCCUUUAUCAAAAAACCGAUAAUGCAUCCGAAGCGGACUUCGCUAAACAAUAAUAAAAUCACUUAAAAUAAACCGUUUAUCAACCACAAGCCACAAUACUGGCGACCUCCGCGCCGCGAACACAUCCUUUGUUCACAGAAAAAAAAGAAAAAUUAAAAAAUAAACAAAAUCCGUGGCAGUCCGGUUUCAUUCCCGCGCCUUCGCUUGCGUUUCGAAAUGAAAUAAAAAGUUUGUUGGCGGGAUAAAUACUCACAGUAAAUGGUGCCGAAUCACUGGGCGCUGGUCGUGUUACUGGUGCAACUGGUCAGAUGCAGCGAAAACAACGCUAAUUUAGGUGGACCUGAGCCAGCAUGGGGUUACAAAUGUGUGUCAGAAGAAGGCUGCCAACGCUCAGACAAACCCAUCACAGUCUCCGAGACCACAUUGUUCGAGAGCCUGGACUUGUGUCGGACCGUCUGCGGUCGGUUCGGCGGGAUCUGGCCCAGACCGGUCACGGCUGCGCUGAGUAUGCAGACUGUUAAGAUACAUCCUAACUAUUUGAGAUUUGACCUAAUCGACGUGCCAGCCGAAACCCGUGCUAUCCUCGUGAAAAUGACCCACGUGGUCACCGCAAACCUGAUGGCGGAAUGUGGCGGCAACGUCACAGAGCUCGUGGACACCCCGGUGGUUGUCUACACGUCGGUGAAGUCCGCGGACACGAGUCUCACCUGGACCACGGAUGAGCAGUAUGCUUUGGAUGUCCAGAUAAAGGAAGAAGAAGUCGCUGUCCACAUAUUCGCGGAAACCAUUUACGGCGCUCGCCACGCGCUUGAGACCUUCACCCAACUAGUCGCAUCAGACCGUCCCGACUUUCCCGGACACACCCGCUGCGGGCUCCGUCUGGUCUCCGGCGCUAAAGUCCGCGACAGACCGGUCUAUAAACAUAGAGGACUGACCCUGGAUACUUCUAGAAACUUCAUACCGAUGAAAGAUAUAAAGAGGACCCUGGAUGGCAUGGCAGCGACGAAGAUGAAUGUUUUCCAUUGGCAUGUGACGGAUUCACAUAGCUUCCCGUUGGAGUCGACACGUGUACCGCAAUUUACAAGAUUUGGUGCUUAUUCAGACUCAGAAAUAUACACAAGAGAAGAAGUAAAAGAUUUGAUAGAGUACGCUAAAGUGCGAGGCAUACGCGUCGUCAUCGAAAUCGACGCGCCUGCACACGCUGGCAACGGCUGGCAGUGGGGCAAGCAAGCCGGCCACGGGGACCUAGCCGUUUGUGUGAACGAGCAGAAUUGGCGGAUGCUUUGCAUCCAGCCACCGUGUGGGCAACUCAACCCAGCCAACCCCGCCAUGUACCGAGUGCUCAAAGAUUUGUACAGAGACAUCGCCGAGGUGCUGCCCAGGCCUGCUUUAUUCCACAUGGGAGGUGAUGAGGUUUUCUUCGGGUGCUGGAACUCCUCAGAGCAGAUCGUCAGCUACAUGAAGGAUAAAGGUUUCGGGACAAACGCGGAUGGUUUCAUCCGCCUCUGGGCCGAGUUCCACGCCCAAGCCCUGCAGAUUUGGGAUGAGCAGCUUAAAGAGGCUACCGGUGAAGACAAGCAACCAGUCAUGCUGUGGUCUUCUGAGCUGACUAACCCGCAGAGGAUACAGAGAUAUUUGGACAAGGAGAGAUACGUUAUUCAAGUGUGGGAACCAGUAGAGAGCCCUGAGCUAAUCCAGCUCCUUCGCCUCGGUUACCGCGUGGUCUCCGUACCCAAGAACGUGUGGUACCUCGACCACGGGUUCUGGGGCACCACCACUUUCGCCAACUGGCGGAGAAUGUACGCCCAUAUGCUGCCCAGCAGUGAAACUGGUGUCCUUGGAGGGGAAGUCGCUAUGUGGACUGAGUAUGUCGACAAACAUGUUCUGGACACGCGUAUCUGGCCGCGAGCGGCCGCGGUGGGCGAGCGGCUGUGGUCGGACCCUUCGUCCGGAGCGGGCGCCGCCGAGCCGCGCCUGCAGCGCCUGCGCGCGCGCCUCGCCGCCCGAGGCCUGCGCCCCGACGCGCUGUCGCCCGCCUGGUGCAGCCAGCACGACGGACGAUGCUUAUAGUACUCUUU